GUAUCGGCCCCAUCUGCACGCCUCUCCGCGCUCGCGAAUCAUAAGACGGUCGGCAACACUGUCACUUUCAACAGACGGGGAAAUGUACUGACUGCACGGACUUCCCUGGACGCGCUCAACACAUACUUGAAGAUAUACUGACAGCCAUUUCGGAACCUUGUGGAUUAUUUUACCCUAGCACCAUGCAGAUGAUGGAGGAAUCCUGUUCGCAGAGACUUGCCUGGGAUGGCGACGCAAAAGCGAUGCAGCAGUGUUUAACGGAUAUAUUUACCAGCGUCUACACCACCUGUGACAUUCCGGAAAAUGCCAUUUUUGGUCCAUGUGUUCUGAGUCACACUUCACUGUAUGACAGCAUCGCCUUUAUUGCGCUGAAGUCCACAGACAAACGAACUGCGCCUUACAUUUUCAGGGUGGACACAUCCGCUGCCAACAGCUCCUCAGAAGGCCUGAUGUGGCUCAGGCUGGUCCAGUCGGCCAGAGACAGAGAUGAACAGAACCUAGAGGCCUAUGUGAAGAACGGCCAGCUAUUCUACAGGUCGCUGAGGAGAAUAGAGAAAGAUGAAGAGCUGUUGGUGUGGUAUGGAAAGGAUCUCAUUGAGCUGCUUCUCUUAAGCUCCAGCAGGAAUCAAGUUAAAAGUAAAGGAACUUCACCCUUUUUGUGCCCAGACUGUAGCCAGCGUUUCCAGUUCGAAUUUCCCUUUUUGGCUCAUCUCAGAUUCCGCUGCACUAAGAGACUACAAGGCAUGUCCAGCCCAGUGGAAGAGGCCAAGGACGCCAGUGACCAGGCCAGUUUACCUCCUGCCAGAUCAAGUCCCAAACUGGGCAGGUCUGAUGGCUUCUCCAAUCCACAAGACGGAAAGCCAUCCACAGACUUUCAUAAUCUGGCCAGGGAUUUGGAGAAUAACCGAACCAGUCCGCCGAGUGACAAAGAGGCAGAGAUCCUGAGCGAAAGCUCUGGAAAGCGCAAGUUCUCUGACAUGGAGGACAGCAGGAACAGUGGAUUAUCUCAGCCUCCCAAGUCCAAAGAGGAGUUGGCCAACUCGGCACAGCAGUACCGUGGAGUGUACGGUCUGGAUGAGAGCAGGCGGGCUUUCUCUCCCUCUGUCUCAGAGACGACGGAAACCAAGAGGAGCGCCUUUACUGAGGUCAAGAAGUCAUCUCAGGGCUUGAAGCACAGCGGCAAAAACUCCAGCUUCAACUCGGAGAACAAGGAAGCCGGCCGGCCCAACAGCAACCCAGCUGAAAAGCACCUUAAUAUCAGACAGGUUCUCAGUGAGACUCAGCCCCCGCAGUCACGAAUGGAGACCUCGUCAAUUGGCAGCGCUUUUACAUCGGUGCCCCAGCAUAGUGGUGGAGGCUCGGAGAGAAAGAGUGCCUUUAGCCAGCCGUCUCGCACCUUCUCGCAGCUAUCACCUCUUGUCAUGGCACCCAAGCUCCUGCCGGCAGUAGACUGCCAUCCCACAGUGGGCGACACUGUCUCUUCCAGUAGACUCUACCAGGCAGACCACCUCGCUGCAAAGCUUCAAGGCUCAGAACUCGGCAGCAACUGCCCCGUGCCGAGCGGCAUUGCAAAACAGAGCCCUUUCCUUUACACCACAGCCUUCUGGCCCAAGACCUCAGGCCCAAUCCAGCUGCAGAUGCCCUCAGCUCUCACGCUCCUGCCCCCUUCGUUCACAUCCCUUUGUCUGCCCGCUCAGAACUGGUGUGCCAAAUGCAAUGCCUCCUUCCGCAUGACCUCUGACCUGGUCUACCACAUGCGCUCGCACCACAAAAAGGAGUUUGCCAUGGAACCUCUAGUUAAAAGAAGGAGAGAGGAAAAGUUAAAGUGUCCAAUCUGUAACGAGUCUUUCAGGGAGCGACACCACCUUUCCCGACACAUGACCUCUCACAACUGAGGAUUUAAUUUUUCUGUCUUUCUUUUUUUCUUGCAAUUUUUUUUUUAUCAAAAGGGAAUAUGUUUAAUCUGGAGGAGUAAUGCCAACACAUAUGCUCUCGUUUUCAAAAGACAUUACUGAUUAAAUGGUUUCUUUCAAAUGUCAUGUUUUUCUUUGUGUGAGUGUGCGUGUGUGUGUGUGUGUGUGUGUGUGUGUGUGUGUGUGUGUGCAAAGAUGCAUUUAAAAACCUAAAAUCUAUUUAUUAUAUGAAGCACUUAUUAUUUGAAAAAAGGGACAAUAAUAAUGUAAGUGUACUUUGAAUUUUGUAAAAAUUAAUGUAUAAUGUACAUAAAACAAUUAAAAUGCAGAUCAUUUCAUUGAGAGUUUCAAUGACAUGUUUUGUCUAUAUGCAUAAGGAUAUUGAGCAAUGGGGACAUGAUGUUGAAGUGUAUUUAAGAGUGCAUGUAAAUUAUAGUUAUUGGUAUAAGAUGCAGUCUAUUCAAAACAAUGUAAAUACUUGUUUUGUUUGAAUACAAAGUGUCAUAUUUUGUGUCUGUGAGGAAUAGAUUCAGUGUUUCUUCCUUUUGCUGAAAUUUACUAUUUGAUAGUUUAUCUAA